AUGGCCGCGGUACCGCGACCGUGGUGGGGUGUAGAUGUAUGGCAAGACGCCCAGUUGUAUGUGUUCGUUUGGCUAACUGACUGGCUCCUCCUGGAGCGGGUCCUUCUCACUCAUCUCUUUGUGAUCCUCAGUCUGUACACCGAUAGUGGUGGAUGCCAACCCACUGAAAACGAAGGAUUCAUCAUCAAACCUCAGCCGAUUUCUCCAUCGGUCAAAAUCGGUCGUGAGGCGUAUCUCCAUUGCGGUGUUUCGGAUAACACUUCAGUGGAGAUUCACUGGACUAAAGAUGGAGAGCGGAUUCAGAACUCAGUUCGCAGACGGAUGGAAGGGUCGAAUCUUCGCAUCAUUCGAGUGGAUCCGGAAUUGGAUUCAGGCGAAUUCCAAUGCGUCGCAACAAACACAACCUCGGGAAUGACCCUUUCUUCCGAUGCAGUCAUGAUCAAUAUGCUGUGGUUGGGUGAAGCUCAGGUGAAGCUGUACCAUCCCAGCAAUCCGAUCGCGGGCUCCGAUCUGAGCUUGACUUGUGAUGUCGACGGGAACCCCGAGCCCCGUCACGCGGAAUGGUUCCAUAACGGGGUGCGAAUGCACCGUGGCGCUCAGGUUUCUUUCCGACACUUCAAAAUGACCUUGGCGAAUGUGACCGCCAGGAACAACGGAGUGUAUUCUUGCAAGGCGAGCAACGAUGUGGCUUUGGUCUGGAGUUCCACCCAUUUUGUUCUCGAACUGAAAGCACCUCAUGUGCCAUCGAUAAGGGUGCGACCCAGGGACACGCAGGUGGCCGAAGGUUCUCAGGCCACGUUCGACUGCGUGUUCGAUGACGCUGCCAUCGUGGAAUGGUAUGCCCACAAUCAGGACGUACCGUUGACCAAUGGGAGCCGGACGGUUAUCUGGCCGAACAACUCGUUGACGCUGAACGACGUCGCGAAGAAUGACGAGGGAAUGUUCAAGUGUGUGGGCAUCCCCAUGCACAAGGGGGUUCCUCAGCAAGUUUUCGCCGCUCGUAUGGGCGUCGCAUGGAUUGGAAAUUUCGAGCCGGAAGUUUCCAUCGAACCCCAGCUAGAUGACCUCAUGUACGUCGUUGCACUCGGGAGUCAGGCCCGGCUUCUGUGUCUCCCACCUGAAGGGACGCCAUCGCCGAAAUGGUAUUGGACGUUCCCGAACGGAUCCGUCGUUGCGGAUACGGGUCGUACCCGAGUGAACGUGGAAUCCGAGCUGCAGAUAGACCAUGUGAAACUUCAAGACGCAGGAAACUAUUCCUGCCACGCAGAGAACAUUGCAGCCAAGAGGACCUUGACCGUGCAACUGGUUGUGACGACACCCCCCGAAGUACAUGACCAUAUCAGCAGUAAGCUGCAGCUCCACGAGGGAACAUCUCAUGUGCUCAAGUGUUCGUUCAGAGCGUCAGCUUGGCCUCUGACAUCUGUUACGUGGACUAACGUCGAUUCGCCGAUGGUGUCUUUAGAUUUCGAUCCGGAGAAAGGUGCUCUGAUCUUGAAGAAUAUCACGAUGAGAGACGCCGGCAGAUAUCUCUGUUCCGUUUCUUCAAAAGGAUUCCCUACGGUCGUGUCAAAACCUGUCGUAGUCGAAGUGAUCGAGAGGCUGAAGUUCUAUCCCGUGCCCAUGAACACGAAUCUCGAGUUCAAGAGCAUCGGUCGGAUUCCCUGUAGAUCCAGGGGGGCUCAGCGCGCGAUUGUGAGAUGGGUCAAGAUCAAUCCUGAGGAUGAGCAACGCUCGGUUCCAUUGCCCACAAAUUUGAGACAGGAAAACAACGUGCUCAUUUUCGAGCCUGUGACCUAUGACGACGGUGGCCAGUACCGCUGUGUAGCCUCCACGGCAACAGAAUCCAUAAACGUGACAAUCACCGUGACUGUGGGAGUGUCGCCUCGUUUCACCGUUUUCCCGAACUCGACCGAAGUCCUCGAAGGACAUCCUGUCUGGCUGAAUUGUCAAGCUGAGGGGGAUCCGGAACCUCAUAUUCAUUGGGACCGAAACUCGAGGGCGAAUUCUCUUUCUCACGAAACGCCACGUAUUCAAAUCCUCCACAAUGGAACCCUCUUCAUUCAAGAAGCCUACAUGAGGGACACGGGCCAGUACGGCUGCACGGCCGGAAACCGCGGAGGUUUCAAUCGAACUGAGGUCUCACUUGUCGUCGCAUCUUCGAAAGAUUUCGUACCUUCGUACAAUCUUUCAGGGGAUUCAGGCGACGGAACUAUCUCCAAGACGAUAGGAAUCACGUUAGGAGCCGCAGGGGUCUACAUGAUUCUCGUCUUGUCGCUGAUGUUGUAUUGCCGAGUAAGGAGAGCCCGGAGGAAGGCGGCCUUGCUGGGCAGUAGACCAAAAGGGAACAGUUCAGACGAGGAGAACCGAUUGGACGGUGCUGUAGGUUCUGGAGAACUACAGAGCAACAAACUCCUACCCUCGGCGGGCUCCUCCGAAUCCGGAUCGGUGACCUCAAAAAACAGCAAACUAUCCGUUGAAAGAUUGCAUUUCCCUAGGAAAGAUCUCAGUACGAUUAUGCUUUUGGGUCGAGGCGACUUCGGGGACGUGUACCUCGCCAAAGCAGCCGGCAUCGCAGAAGAAACCGUCAUGGUGAAGUCGCUCCAUUCGCAAGAGGAAGCGACGAAAAUGGAGUUCCGGCGCCAGGCAGAAAUGUUCACGAAUCUGAAUCAUCAAGGAAUCUGUCGGGUCGUCGGCAUGUGCGCCGAAACCGAACCCCUGCUCGUGAUGUAUGAUUACACGGACUGGGGCGAUCUGAAAAGAUUCUUGGCUGCGACCAGGAAAGAUGCUCCAACAAGCCAAGGGAGUCAUCCACCACCUUUGACAUCGGCCCAAUGCAUGGGCGUGUGCCAUCAGGUCGCUCUAGCGAUGGAAUAUCUCUCCAAUCAUCGAUUUGUUCAUAAAGAUUUGGCAACUCGGAAUUGUCUAGUCACGUCGAAGCUCGAUGUAAAGAUAUCGAGCCCCAGUUUGAGCAAAGACACCUACUCUGCGGAGUACUUCCACUACCGUGACCAGCUGGUCCCAUUGAAAUGGGCGCCGGCCGAGGCGGUAAUCGAAGAUCAGUGGAGUUCCAAAAGUGACGUCUAUGCGUACGCCGUUUUCUGUUGGGAGGUCUUCACGCAGGCUCAGAUGCCUCACGAGGACAUUUCAAACCCCGACUUCCUGUACCGGCUCGAAGUUCACGAGAUUCAAUGGGAACCCCCAGCCAAAUGCCCUCCUGCGAUGCAGGACCUCAUGAGAUCCUGUUGGAGGAUCCUGGUCACCGACCGACCUUCAUUUAGUGAGAUCAGUAGCCAAGUGGGACAGAUUUUCGUCGAUACGAAUGUGUAGAACUCAAUCAAGGCCAAAGCCAGCCACAUCAAGAAACAGCGUCACCGCAGCAAGAAACGGAAGCAUUCCAAAGAUGCCCCCGCGACAACCGGAACCCAAAGAGACUCCAGAGACCGCGAGCGGAGUCACUCGAAGCAUC